CGCUGCAUUCGCGCACUAGAAACCGAAAGUGUUCAAAACUGCGUCAGUGCGCUGAGAGGAGUGGCUCUGAGUUCCGUUAUUUUCGAGAGAUACUGUAUUUCAUCCUCGGAAGAUUUCUGCAGACAUGGAGCUUCUAUCACUUCUGUUUAUGAGCUCCUGCUUCCUGACUUUGUCCGGACUGACGUUUGGUGAUCAAUCCGGGAAAACUGUGAAUGCGAAUGAAGGUGAUGAUGCCAUUUUACCCUGUUCCCUUGGCACCAAUGAGAACAUUGAGUUUGUGCGGUUUGAGUGGACGAAGGAAGGAACUGAAAAGAAGGUGUAUAUACAUGAUACUGGGCUGGAUCAUAGUCCUGCCCUCCCAGGUCGAGUCUCACAUUUUCGAGAUCUGCAGCACGGCAGCGCCUCCAUAAGAAUAAAUAAAGUUCAACUGGAGGACGAAGGAAACUACACCUGCAACUUUCCAAGCAGAGGAAAAACAUUCAGGAUUGAGCUUCUUGUUGUUGGAGCAGCAGAGCCAGAGAUCACAAUUGUUGUUCAAAGAAAUGGCUGGGCGCUGCUUCAGUGUGAUGUUAAGAAUGCUUAUCCCAAACCUACAGUGAAGUGGCGGGACAGUAACAAUGAAACCAUUCAUUCUGAGGAGCCACAGGUCUCUAAACAAGGAGAUCGCUUCAACAUCGUCCUCAAAGCUACUGUGAAAAAACCCGACCGCUAUCACUGUGUCGCCACACAGAGGGAAAUCAAACAUGAGGCGCAAAAAGAAAUCAAUGUAGAUUUUGAUGAGAAGAGUGACUCUGCACCACAAGUGCUCCCUGUAUGGACUGCCAUAAUCAUCGGUGUUAUUGUUGCUGUUGUUAAAGUGUGAGUUAGAGCUUGCUUUUUGAAGAAAGGUUAACAAAGAAGAGAAAAUGGCCGCUCCACACCGCUGCAGACUGUUCCCACCUCUGAACAACCUUAAAAAGUGUGAAUUGGUCAUAUUUGAAACCUGUUUUUGUUUUUUGUCUUUGAUUCAGCUGAGAGUUUAAUCACAACAGGACAUGUUGGCUCUUUUUUUGUUGUGCGACUUUUCUCUGGUUUCUAAUGAAAAACAUUUUGAGUUAACUCUGUUCAUCUUGGCUCAGGACGCUCCCUCAGAGAGAGGACGUGUCAAGAGUUUUGAGUCAAAGGUUAAAAUUUUUAUUUUUACUCUCCAACAUCACAGAGUACUUCAGAGUCAGAGUCAAACCUGAACAUCACCCAAACUGUCACAGUCCAACCUUCACUCUGCGUCACGUUCAUGGUUUAAAAUUACACGACUGUUUCUUCUACCUGCAUCUUUCACAUCCUCACCAAGUUUUAGCUUCACACUGUUCUGUGUUUAUAUUUCAUCAUCAUUAUUCAUCAUUUAGAGAUGCUGGAGUUUUGUUGUCCUCAUAUAAGGAAUUAGGAUCUAUAAUUAAUAACGUGCUUCCAUCCUUUCUAUUUUCACUUUUAACUUUUUUUUCCCUCCAAAGUUAAAAAAUUUCUGUGUUGUUGAAAAUAAAAUAGAAAAAUUGCCAUUUUAAAAUCACUGUGUAGUGAUGAGGACACUGUAACUGUCCCCAUGUUAAUAAUACAGUGCAUAGUCACAUUUCCAUCAUUUUAACUUUAAUUUGAUCAUUUACUGAUCAUCUCAGUGUUUCCUCUCCUGCUGCAGUUUCAUGGCUCCUCCUGAAUCCUUUCCCAUUUUCAGUGUGCAGCUUUAUCAAGAAUUCACUAAACAAAGUUUCUCUGAGGUUCAUGUUUUGUUUUUAUCAUAACAGAUUAAAAUAAUUGGAACUCCAAAAACCUGUCCCCUCUGAAGAGGAAAAAAAAAUUUGAUGAAUAAUGAGACAAGCAAAUUUAAAAUGCCCCAAAGAGAAACCUUAACUCUAAAUUUAGGACUUGUUAAAGUAUCAAGUUUGUAUUAUAUUUCAUAUUCAGUUGAAAGCUUGUCAUAGAAAUGAUUAAGAAACUCUAAUAUGUUGUUUUUGGCUUAGUUAAUUUCUUUUUUUUUUAAUUAUAUUUUUGCUGUUAACUGUUGAUGUAUUUUUUUAUAUUCCUGCCAUUUGACAGAAAGCUUAAGAGUGCACAAGCCUUAAUGAAAAACUGUUGCGACUGCACUGUAAAAUGUAAUUCUAGCUGUUUGUUAUUUCAACAUAUUAUUCUAUAUCAGUUUGACGAUAGAUGACUGAAGUUGUUGUUAUAACAAGUUAAAAACGUCCCAAUUACACCAAAAAAAGCUAACUUGAAAACUCAUGUCCAGCUAAAUCAGAAACUUAUGUGAACUUGACAAUGCGGGUAAGUUGAGCACAGCAGGAUUCAAAACUGCCUCACGUGACUGCUACCGAGGUGCAUCAUGGGGAAUUGGCGGUUAACGACAUGCUCACUUUACUUGGACGUUUUCUAAUCGUCUUCUUUGGAAUAUGCUUUCAAGGUCUGUGAAGCCAAACUUGAUGCUGGGGAUUUAUUUUCGUCAGUGGAGUCAAAUGGUUGAAGCAGAAUUUGCCCGUCUUACAUCUGUUGACCUGAAAGGGUUCCUUUUUGCUGUGCUUGACCAUUAUGGAGAGGUUCGUGGAGCUGUACAAAAUCAAGAGCGGCAUAGAAAGGCUAA